GGUCUCUACGAUAAUAUGGUUAAGUUUGUGGAACAGCUUAAGGGUGAGAACAUUUUCGCCCGACAAGUGGCCGGCGGUGACUAUCCAUAUCACAGUCCGUUCAUGAAUAUCGUUGCGCCGCCACUUCUGGAGAUACUCAAGAAAGUAAUCCCCGAACCGAAACCAAGAAGCGAACGAUGGGUUUCCACUUCUUUCUCCAGAGAUCAAUGGGAUUCACCGAAAGCCAAGUUUGCCUCAGGCGAUUACUUCACAAACAACUUGAUAUCUCCGGUGCUGUUCAACGAAGGCAUGAAAGAAAUCGGCAAAAACUCGUACGUCAUAGAAGUGGCCCCACACGGACUCUUUGAGUCCAUAUUUAAGCGGUGUUUUCCGUCUCUCACUUACACCGGACUCAUGAAGCGGACAGAAGCCGAUAAUCUCUGUUACUUCCUCUCAUCGAUCGGACGGCUCUUUACAUUAGGUCUGAAUCCGAAGAUCGAGAACCUGUACCCGAAGGUCGAGUGGCCGGUAUGUCGAGGAACUCAAUCCAUUAGUUCGCUCUUCCAAUGGGAUCACGAGAGGAGUUAUUACGUGAAGAAAUUCCCGGAAUUCCAUAACUAUGCGACCGCUUCUGACUUUGUCAUGAAGUUCUCUCUUCUGGAGUCCGACUGGAAUUUCCUUAAAGACCACGCGAUCGACGGCAGAGUCCUAUUCCCGGCCACCGGUUAUCUACUAAUGGCGUGGAGACGAUUGGCCGCAAUGAAGGGUCAGCCGACUCUGCCGUCGAUCGCGUGGUCUUUGAGGAAAUUCCAGUCGGACUCCAGAAGAGAGAACUUCAUGACAAAGUCAGAAGCGGUCGCAUAG